CCGCCCGUCCUUACUGAGAAGGGUAAGCCAGCUCCUCCUACCCUGGACUUCCUAACCACGCCCCCUCUUCAAUCCGUGCGAAAGUGAGUCACUGAAUGAUGGUGGAGCGCGGCGGGCAGGGGGGAGGGAAGGAGUCCGGCGGCUGCACGAUAGCUCUGUAGGGAGCCCUCCCUCUGCCAAAAUGGCCCGCUGGAUUCCCACGAAGAGGGAGAAGUUUGGAGUGGCCAUUUACAACUUCCAGGCGACACAGGAGGAAGAGCUGAGCCUGCAGGUGGGAGACACGGUGCAGAUUCUGGAGACCUAUGAAGGAUGGUACCGCGGGUCCACACUAAGGCAUAAAGGCAAGAAGGGUAUCUUUCCAUCUACCUAUAUUCACGUGAAAGAGGUGACUGAGGAUAAAGGGCUCCAUGAUCAGGCAGUGCCCAGUGAGCUGCCCUUGGUACAGGAGCUUACUGCCACCCUGCGAGAAUGGGGAAAUCUCUGGCACUCUCUCUAUGUGCACAACAGUCGGCUGCAGUUCAGCCAGAUACAAGAAAUGCUGUCCCUACUGAUGGAAUGGCGCUCCCAGAUCUUGUCUGGAACCCUGCCCAAGGACGAUCUGGCUGAACUGAAGAAGAAAGUGACAGCAAAGAUAGACUAUGGCAACCGCAUCCUUGGGUUGGACCUGGUGGUGAGAGAUGAAAAUGGAAACAUCCUGGAUCCCGAUGAAACCAGCAUCAUCACUUUGUAUCGCUCCCAUGAAUCUGCAUCUCGGCGGAUUGAAGAACGAAUUCAGGAGGAAAAGUCCCAACUGCAGCCUCUGGAUUCUAGGAGUUCUGCCAUUCUGCAUAUGGCCCACACCUACAGUCUCUAUGUGAAUCUUAAGAACUUUGUAUGUAAUAUGGGGGAAGAUGCUGAGCUGCUCAUGAGUCUCUAUGACCCAGAUGACUCCCGCUUUAUCAGUGAGAAUUUUCUGGUACGUUGGAGCAGUUCUGGAAUGCCAAAGGAUAUUGAAAAACUCAACAAUCUACCGGCUGUGUUCACAGACCUCAGCAGUUCAGAUUUGAUUCGUCCCCGGAUUAGCCUUGUGUGCCAGAUUGUGCGCGUAGGCCACAUGGAGUUGAAGGAUGGCAAGAAGCACACAUGCGGUCUUCGGCGGCCCUUUGGAGUUGCGGUGAUGGAUAUUUCUGAUGUGAUCCAUGGGAAAGUGGAUGAUGAGGAGAAGCAACAUUUCAUCCCUUUUCAGCAAAUGACCAAGGAAAACUACAUCAGUCAGCGGCAACUCAUAAUGUCUCCUCUGAUGGCCUCUCGCGCAAUAGCGGAGAACGAGCCGCUGACUGCUAUCUACAACAAGGUGAUCGCGGCCAAAGAAGUCAACCACAAGGGGCAGGGACUUUGGAUUUCCCUGAAGCUUCUACCUGGGGACCUGACUCAGGUGAUGAAAGAAUAUUCUCACCUGGUGGACAGAUCUACUGCCGUAGCGCGGAAAAUGGGAUUCCCGGAGAUUAUUCUUCCUGGAGAUGUUCGGAAUGACAUAUAUGUCACUCUAAUCCAGGGGGAGUUUGACAAGGGCAAGAAAAAGACCCCUAAAAAUGUGGAAGUCACACUAUCUGUGCAUGAUCAGGAUGGGACCCUAAUAGAGAAAGCCAUACAUCCUGGAGCCGGGCAUGAGGGCCUUACAGAAUAUAAGUCGGUCGUAUAUUACCAGGUGAAACAGCCAUGUUGGUAUGAGACUGUCAAGGUCUCAAUCCCCAUUGAGGACGUCAGUCAUUGCCACCUGCGUUUCACUUUUCGGCAUCGAUCGUCGCAGGAAUCUCGAGAUAAAUCUGAAAAGGUGUUUGGCAUGGCCUUUGUCAGGCUGAUGAACACAGAUGGAACAACGCUUAGGGACAGAAUCCAUGAUCUCGUUAUUUAUAAGGCUGACAGCAAGAAAUCUGAUGAUGCUAGGCUUUAUUUGAUGCUGCCGGGUACUAAAGAGGAGGAGGAUGAAGAAGGCAGGUCGCAAAGGAGUCAUUCGGCUAGUAUUACCCCAGCCAAGGACAGCUUCCAAACUGGCACUCUCAUCUGUUCCACAAAACUUACCCAAAAUGUGGAUUUGCUUGGCCUUUUAAACUGGCGCUCAAAUUCCAGGCCGGUCUCCAAAGCUCUACGCAAGCUGAUGGAAGUUGACGGGGGUGAGAUCAUGAAGUUCCUCCAAGAUACUUUGGACGCUCUAUUUAACAUUAUGAUGGAGACCCCAGACAAGGAGAGUUGUGACGUUCUUGUGUUUGAUGCCCUGGUUUUUAUCAUUUCCCUGAUUGCAGAUAUUAAGUUCCAGCACUUUAACCCUGUCCUGGAGACAUAUAUCACAAAGCAUUUUAGCACCACGUUGGCUUAUGAGAGGUUAAUAAAAGUCCUUAGUUGGUACGUGAGGAGUGCAGAUGAUCUGUGCCGCCAGGAAAUGCUGUUUUCCUCCCUUAAAGCCAUAAAAUACCUGUUCAGAUUUAUCAUCCAAUCACGGAUCUUGUACCUGAGGUUUUACGGUCAGGGCGAGGGCCGAGAUCAGUUCAACGAUUCAAUUCGCCAGCUCUUUCUGUCUCUAAAUGAGCUGAUGGACCGACCGCUGGACAAGGCUGUAAAGAUCAAGGCUGCUGCUCUCAAAUACUUGCCUGGGAUUAUAAAUGACCUGAAAACUGUCUUUGAUCCAGUGGAACUCAGUGUCCUUUUUGCAAAGUUCGUGCAAAGUGUCCCCACCAGCCAACUCGUCCAUCAGACUCUAACGUGUAUGAGCAAAGUGGUGGAAAGUGACCUCUUCCUGCAGUCAGACUGCAGAGAUGCUCUACUGCCUCUCCUCAUUGACCAGCUAAGUGGACAACUGGAUGAUAAUUAUGCUAAACCCGACCACGAAGCUUGCGGGCAGCUCUUGAGCAACGUAAUAGAAGUUCUGCAGAGCAAAGAGGUGGGGGAAACAUCACUCCACAUUCAGCUCAUCAUGGAGCGACUUCUUCGAAGGAUAAAUAGGACAGUGAUUGGCAUGAGCCGACAGUCACCCCACAUAGGCUCUUUUGUAGCAUGCAUGACUGCUCUGCUCAGACAAAUGGAUGAUUACCACUAUGACUACUACAUCAGCACAUUCCGCACCAGACAUGACAUUAUUGAUUUCCUGAUGGAAACGUUCAUUCUGUUCAAAGAUCUGAUUGGGAAGAGAGUUUAUCCCAAGGACUGGAUGCUGAUGACCAUGACACAGAACAAGGUUUUUCUCCGAGCCAUAACCAGAUUUGCUGCUGUUCUGAACAAACUGUUUCUGGAUGAGACCAGCUUCGAACUCCAGCUGUGGAAUAAUUUCUUCCAUUUGGCGGUAUCCUUCCUCACCCACGAGUCCCUACAGCUGCACAGGUUCUCCGAGGAGAAGCGGAAGAAAAUCCUCAGCAAAUAUGGAGACAUGAGGAAGGAGAUCGGGUUGAAGAUCAGAGACAUGUGGUAUAACCUGGGGCCUCAUAAGAUCAAGUUUAUUCCUUCUAUGGUGGGUCCGGUCCUGGAGGUGACGCUGACUCCAGAGACAGAUCUGCGCAAGGCGACCAUUCCGAUCUUCUUUGAUAUGAUGCAGCAUGAGCACAACUUCAGCGGGAGCGGCCAUUUUCACAUGUUUGAAAAUGAAUUAAUUACUCGCCUUGACCAGGAAGUAGAGGGAGGACGAGGGGACCGGCAGUACAAGGACCUCCUGGAGAGGCUUUUGCUGGAGAACUGCCGAAAGCACAAGUAUCUCUCCGGGUCAGGAGAAGUCUUUACGGUGCUGGUGAGCAGCCUGCUGGAGAAUCUGCUUGACUAUCGCACCAUCGCCAAUGACGAGAGUGAGGAGAAUCGCAUGAGCUGCACAGUCAACCUCCUGAAUUUCUACAAAGAGAAGAAACGAGAAGAUAUUUACAUCAGGUAUCUGUACAAACUGCGAGAUCUACACCUGCGCAAAGAAAACUACAAUGAAGCGGCUUAUACCCUGCUACUGCAUGCAGAGCUACUACAGUGGUCGGAGAAGCCGUGCGCCCCUCACUUGCUGCAGAGAGACAGCUACACCGUAUACACCCAGCAGGAACUCAAGGAGAGGCUCUACCAUGAGAUCAUUUCCUUCUUUGACAAGGGAAAAAUGUGGGAGCAGGCAAUCAUACACAGCAAGGAGCUUAUUGACAUGUAUGAGAACCAGAUCUUUCACUAUGAGGCCCUCAGUGUUUUGUUGAACAAGCAGGCCGGGUUCUACCAGAACAUCAUGCGCUCUUUAAGGCUGCAGUCUGAGUAUUUUGCCGUGGGUUAUUAUGGGCAAGGAUUUCCAUCCUUUUUACGGAACAAAAUUUUUAUUUAUCGAGGGAAAGAAUAUGAGCGCCUGGAGGACUUUAAUCUGUGGCUCCUCAAUCAGUUCCCCAAUGCGGAGAAACUUUCCAGCAGCUCUCCCCCAGGAGACGAGAUCCGGAACUCAACCAAGCAAUAUGUACAGUGCUUCACUGUCAAACCCCUGAUGAACCUCCCGUCUCGGUACAAAGAGAAGCUGGUUCCAGAGCAGAUACUCGGUUACUAUCGCUAUAACGAGGUGCAGAGGUUUUCUUACUCCAGACCCUUCCGCAGAGGAGAGAAAGACCCAGACAAUGAAUUUGCGACCAUGUGGAUUGAGAGGACCACGUUUACAACAGCGUAUAAACUGCCUGGAAUUCUAAAAUGGUUUGAAGCUAAACACUUUGACACUGAAGAGAUCAGCCCCCUGCAGAAUGCAAUAGAGACAAUGGAACUGACCAAUGAGAAGAUCAGUCACUUGGUUCAGCAGCACAGGGCCGACCAGAGCCUCCCCUUGCAUCCGCUCUCUAUGCUCCUCAAUGGCAUUGUGGAUCCAGCCGUCAUGGGAGGGUUUUCCAACUACGAAAAGGCUUUCUUCAUUGAGCGUUACCUCCAGGAACAUCCGACGGACCAGGAUAAGAUAGAGUUGCUCAAGCAGCUGAUUGCUCUCCAGAUGCCUCUUCUGGCACAAGGGAUCCGAAUCCACGGCGAGAAGCUGACAGAUAAUCUACGGCCCCUUCAUGAAAGGCUGGUGUCCUGCUUCAAGGACCUGAGAAGCAAAGUGGAGAAGCUCUACGGAACAAUCACUUUGCCUGCCAGCUUAACAGACCGGAAGUUGAGCCGAGCUGGCUCCGUGGUGGUCCCUUACAUCACGUCGGCAACAUUAAGAAGAUUGUCCUCUGUCUCCACUUCCUCCUCGGGAAGCAGCAGCUCCAGACCUGGAUCUGAAGGGUCGAUCCCAGAACCAGUUCCGCACAGACGCGCCUCCCUUAUCUCUCGGCAUGAGGAUGUCGGUGAUAGAGACGAGAGUGAUAAUCGGGCGAUGAAGUUCAAGCAUACACGGGAGGGUUCUGUUAACCCCCUGAGUUUGGCCAACAAGUGCCAGCGGCCCAAAAGUCUCCAGUUGUCUGAUGGACGAUUGACUCUCCACAAUGCAUCUCCAAUCCAAGGAGGGACACCCCUCAGCCCUUCCCCAAUAACCCCCAAAACUCCAAGAACGCACAGCUUUCCUUCUCUCUCUUCUCAUGCUGAAACGACCGCACAGAUGUUGGGGUGCCCUCCUCCACCUCCCCCCAAAUGCAGAUCAAAUGAGGGGAGCCAGCGCCUGUCAGUGGAGAUCGCACCCCCCUUACCGAAACGCGAGGAGAUGAAACCACCGACCCCUCCUCCUAAAGUCAGAAAAUCCAGUGUAAUCCAUGAUCCUGGAGUCUGAUGGCCUUGUGGCCGGUGGUAGAGAAACCCUCUGAGAAGACUUCCUUCUACCUGCAUUUCCAAGUCCUUCUGAUGGACAACCCAACCAGAAUAUAUAUCCAGGGAUAAGUUCUGGACUGGACGUGAUCAUUUGCAUUCCUAAGAAUGUUCUGGGUCCAAGAAAGAAGUCCGUACCAGUACCGGGGUGUAUGGCAUAAGACUGAGACUCUACCGGGGGAGUGCAUGUAUAGCGUGGGGUAUAACUGAACAACUACUACACCUCCAGUGGCUUGAUUGCUUUAACUUUCAAACCAUUCAAUAUGGCUGCUCUAUGGUUCAUUUCACAGACUGUUCUUAUCGGUAGAACCCAUGGAAACAUCAUUUGCUCCUGGCAGGUAUUCCUAGGCAGCCGAAAUAUUCCUUAUUUUCAUAUACACUCCAUUUAUUACACCCCGAGCAGUCCCCUGUCCUGGAUGUCCCUGUGGGUCUGAUAUUCAUUAUCUCCGCUGAUACCAGUGGACUCAGAAGAGCAGAAAGAUGGAAGCCAUUCCUUUGCUGCUGGUCACAUUCCUUUCUAAUGGAAGUAUUCGGUGCCUUGGUUUCUGCUUCGCACACAGACGGUCCCAACCUCACCUGGUUAUGGAGACGAGGGAAGGGGGGGGAACCUGUUUUUAUUUUGCUUUUGAUGGAGAGAGAUUUAUGCAUUAGAGAUAUCUGUAAAUAGACUUUUGUUCACAACACCCAAUGGUACACAGAGAAUUGUAUAUUACUUUGUAUUAUUUAUUCACUAAUUUUAACUCUUUGCGCAUUGCUGUCCCGUGUAGAUAUCAGCAGAGCCUUAUCUGAUACACAGAAAGUACAGAAAACACUCUAUUCCAUUCUAUAUGACUGCGUAGUACUUGUUAAAGGCACAGCGAUAUAGAAAUUUCAAGGAGGUCCAUGGGACAUUAAUAGAUCCUUUCCAUAAGUGAACAGAGUCCGAGAUAUUUGAAGCUACAUUUGUGGCACGGUCUUAUUUUCAGCUAUAAAAUGCCUAUGCCACCUCUAGGAGGGAUGCCGAAUUAAAAUCCCUGCACCAUUUGAAAGAUUUGAUGCUGCCGAAUAUUUUGGUGCUCCUCCUAAAGAGAAACUAUAACCUCCCUGCAAAAAAGUUAUUUUUUUUCCUUUUUAGUUUUCAUAAUAUUUGCAGUUUUGCAAGACGUACCCUAAAUUUGUAACAGGAGCAUCUUUUGCUGCUGGCUGGACAGAACUCUUGAGGCUUGAGUUGAUGAUGCUGGAGGCAUCUAGUGCUGCUUCUUUGAUCAGGUCUAAUGCUUAUUGUGACUAAAGAGCAGGAUCUGAGCAGAGAAGCAUCAGAAACAACAUCCUGCAUCAGUAACUUAAGCUUUUGCGGUUCUUCCUGCCUGGACAAGACAGUAUUGCAGUGCUCCAGAUACAAAUUUGUGAAAUUAUCAGUGUAAAACUGAUCCCAAAUCCUAAUUUGCAUAUGCAAAUUAGGGGUGAUAAGGGGAAAACAUUUUUUACUUCCUUGUUUUGUGACAAAAAGUCACUCAAUUUCCCUCUUUGCCCCUAAUUUGCAUAUGCUAAUUAAGAUUCAGGUUCGGCCAGGCAGCAGGAUUCGGCCAAAUCCUACUGAAAAAGGCAGAAUCCUGAACUGAAUCCUGGAUUCGGUGCAUCCCUAUGAAAAACAAAAAGGCUAACGACUAAAUAUUACUCCGUGAAGUUUUAAUGUUAUUUGGACGGGUAUAGUUCCCCUUUAAUAUCAUGUGACUUAUAGUCAUGGCCCACUGAUAAAUGUAUGCAAUGUUCUUGUUCACAGUUAAAAAUAUACAUUUAGAUUCUGUUCCGGGAUUUCCCAAACUCUUUGUGAGGGAUUCAGAGUUCAGAAAUUAUAAAUUGGUGCAUCACUGGCUUUAAAGGGAUACUGACACUUUAUUAAUUAUCAUUGGAAUCUCAUCCACCGGACCCGACCCACUAAGGAGCCCUCAGAAAGUCAUUUGCACAGGGGUUAUUGGGCAGCAACUCCUCUUUCAGCAUUUCCUUUCUGAACUACAGCGAGUGCCAAAGAUUCCCAAACACAACAUUCCAACAGAUCUCAGCGCCGCUACUUUAUUGCAAAGAGAAUUGGUUUGAGGGUGCUGGGAGUCCCUGCUGCAUAAACCUAAAGGGAACCGUAAACAUUAAAGCUUUAGGGGGACACUAGUUAAAAAAAGGGCAAACCUGUACCUGUUGCACUACAUCUCCCAGCAACCUCUCUGAGAGCUAAAGGGGGUUGCUAGAAAUUCUAGCUGAGCGUGUGUUGGAGAGCUGCAGGUUUCCCCUUUGUGCUGUGUAGUUAUAGGUGAUUAAUGGGGAAGUAUACAGUAUAUAUUAAACAUCUUGUGUCUAUUUCCAUGAUAAGGACAUGGUUUAUUGUAUUGUAACCCUUUGUUCGUACUCUUGCACUGAAAUAUAGGAGUGAGGGCUGCCAUGUUGCUUCGCUGCAGCUGAUGCCUUUGCUUUAGGCUGGAAAAGCCUUGUCUCAACUAGUCAGUCCUGUUUUGUGUUGCAUUUAAUUAUGUGCUUUCUGGUUUCUCCUCUCCCCACCCAGGCCAGCCGGUUGCUCGAUGCAGUGAGCUGACCAAACACAAAGCUUGGGGCUGAACUGGAGCAACGUCUGCUCCACUAGGCCGAUGUUUUACUGGGAGAGGUCGCUCACAUUCAUUAACAUUGUGUCCCAGUCAGGUGCAUCUAGACAGGGAGCUUCCUCGACUCCAGUCCUAGUCACCCGUAGUAACCAAUUAGCUGGAAGCAUUUACCGGUCUGUUUAAAUGGUUGCUAUGGGUUACAAGGCCUUUUAUUCGCUUCCAUUCCUGGCUUCUUCCAGUAUGUAGUGGUCCGUCAGUGUGUAUUAAUUGAUCUGUAAAUGUCAUAGUAAGCUCUGUAUUAAAUCACCUGCCCCAAUGACACAGCAUUAACCCUGAGGCUUCACACCCUGACCAAUCAGCACGGGCCUGCAUGUGGAGCCUUACAGCUCGGAGGAGUGGAGAUGCAGAAGUUACUAAGGCUCUAAACCCUCCCCAGCUGCUUUGUGCCUUCGACUUUCUUUUAUUUGGAAACUGGGUGCCUCUUGUUCAUUUUCUGUGGAUUUUAUGCAAUUUAUUUAUUGCUAGUGAGCAAAAAGAGAAAAGAAAACUGUGUGUCCUUUAUCCAAUGGAAGGAUUGGGAUGUAUGUUAUUUUUAUUGGCGUUCUCCUUGCAUGGUAAAUCGAAGCCUAACACUGUAAAGUUUUGUAUGGAGAUGACCCAUAUUUGAUCAUUUUAUGGUACUCUGCUGCCCCCUGGUGGGCCCUGGGGCAAAAUAAAGCUAAUACACAAUG